AUGCCCAAGAUCCGCACGACGAGGACAAAAAAGCCCCCAGAGGGCUACGAGGAGAUUGAAGCGAUUCUCGACGACUAUGCAAAGAAGAUGCGCGACGCGGAGAACGAGUCGCACGAAGGAAAACGGAAGAGCGAAUCACUCUGGCCUAUUAUGCGCAUAUCUCAUACUCGGUCGCGUUACGUCUACGAGCUAUACUAUAAACGUGAAGCCAUAAGCAAAGAGUUGUACGACUGGCUCUUGAAGGAGGGAUAUGCGGAUGCCAACUUGAUUGCAAAGUGGAAGAAGAGUGGCUACGAGAAGUUGUGCUGUCUACGAUGCAUCCAGACCCGGGACAUGAACUACCAAGGUUCGACUUGCAUCUGUCGCGUUCCCAAAGCCCAGUUGAGGCAAGGAACCAUCGUUGAAUGUGUACAUUGCGGUUGCCGAGGUUGUAGUUCGGACUCAUAG